AUGAGGCUUCAAUUCCGAAGUGCGGUGGAUGAACGAGGGCACCUUCGAAGCGAAGUGGAGGCCCUGCAGUCGGAACGCGAUGCCUUAGCAACACAGGUGGAGCGACUCGAGCUCGAACGUGUGCAAUUCGCUUCGGCACAAGACCGGGACAAGCAGGAGUUGGAAUCGACGGUGCAGUCUUUGGUCCGAGAGAUCAAGGCUUGCCAGGCGGAAGCAUCGGCAGCAAAGGAUGAGGUGCAGCAUUUGAGCAAUGCACUUGACGCCGCCCAAGCCUUGUGUGAGCAUGCUGAGGCCCGAGCCGUGGCGGCAGAGGCGUCGAAGACAGAGGCAUCUGCUCAGCAUCGCUUGGCCGAGGGCAACGUACAGCGCCUCACCACAGAAAUCGAGGCACUGAAAGGGAGCAGCAGCUUGGCCUUACGCAGGGCUGAGAGAUGCGAUGCAGCGGAGGCGGAAGCGGCACGCCUCCAAGGCGACGUCUGUCGCUUGCGCCAAGAGGAGCAACGAUGCCGGCUGUUGGAAGAGCGCUUGGGCCGAGCGCAAGCGUGGGUUCACGACAAGGAAGCGCUUGAGGGGCGUCUGGACCAAGCCCUCCGGAGGGCGGACGCGGCUGAGCAGCAGGCGAAAUCCUUCGAAAGCAACGCAAGGUCCUUGGAGCUAAAGCUGCUCGCAGCCGCCACAGAGCUGGAAGAGUCAACUCUCGCUGUGCAAAAGGGGCGCGAGAGGGAGCGAUCCCAAGAGGCAGAGCUUAGGAACGUCGAGGCGGCACGGGCCGAAACGGAGAAAAAGCUGGCAGAAACCCUGCAAGAACUUGCAGACCUUGAGGCCGAGAGUGCAUCCCUCCGUCGGAAGGCAGAUGCACAGCUUUCGGCAGUUAAGACGCAGCUUUCUGAGAGCUCUGCUCGCUGCGAUCGGGAAAGUGUGGAGCUCGAGGCUGAGCGAGCGAAGAGGGAGACAAUCGCGACGAAGCUCAGCGUCUUGGAGCAGCUCGUGGCGACCACGGACGCUGAGGUCCGCGCGUUGCGGGAGGAGAGCGCCGGCUUGCGCCGGGACCUGGCGAAGGCGAGCGCGGCGCGGGAGGCUUCGGAGCAGCAGAUGGCGCCGCUGGCCGAGGAGGCCGCCUUGGCCAAAAGGCUCAGGGAAGAGUCCACUGCGGCCGCCACUGCGGCCGCUGCGGCGGCCAGGGAGGAGGCGACAAAUUGCCGCUUGGAAACGGAGGCCACCCGCAUGGCGCACUACGAGCAGGACCGUGAAGUGCAGAGGCUAAGAGAACGCCUGGCCGUGCAAAGUGAGGAGUUGGAAAAACUGCAGACACUGCUUGCCAUGGGCGGUGGUGCAGACGAUGUGGCUGCAAUGUCCGCCGCGCAGAUGUAUCUCAGGGGUCCCAGUCCACACUCCCGCAUUCGAGAUGAGCUGGCCUUCGUGCGCAAAGAGACUCGGAGCGGCUGCCCAGCCUUGCCUCCUGCUGUCGUCGGGCGGCCCAGCAGUAAGGAAUCGGUCACCGUGAAUUGCUGUCCACACUGA